UGACCUGCUCACUCAUGUAGCCAAAACGGCAGUGAAACAAAACAAGUGCUGUAAAAGUGUUUCUCUUUAUGUAUUUCCGUGCAUCUAACAAUGAAUAUUAACCGUAAAUGCCACUGUACGUAAACUGCACACGUCGUCGUUGCUGUGUGAGGGACUGUAAGCAACCUGGACGCAUAGUAGCAGAGCUGCAGAGCAACACAGUGAAUGUGAGCUGACAGGACGGAGCUCAUUUCUUCCGUGAACAUGAAGACCGGCAUCCCGUACCACCAGCUGGAGGAUGAGUCCCGGGGACAAGAAUCCAACAGGAGAACACAGGUGUAUUACAGGUGUUUGAUAGCUCUGGCCACUGUGGCUAGUGUGCUGCUGGUCAUCAUGGCGCUCUGCAACCUCCUGAUACCGAGGGCCUCCUCUUCCUCUUCCCACCCUGUUCCCGACAUCAGCCUCCGUCUGCCUAACAUGGAGUCCUGCACAGAUCCCUGCAGGAUCGUGUUGGUGGAGAGCAUUCCCGAAGGCCUGGAGUUUAACUCCAGCACCACUCAUCCAUCCAUCUUCCAGGCGUGGAUGAAUCUGAUGAACGAGGCUCGCAGCAGUGUCGACAUCGCCUCCUUCUAUUGGACCCUCACCAACAAAGACACACACACUCGUGAGCCGACAGCCAAUCAGGGUGAGGCUGUUCUGAACAGGCUCGCUGAACUAUCGGGGAAUUUAUCAGUUCGUAUUGCUGUCAACACACCGCAGGAGAAACAGCCACGGCACGACCUCAGGCUGCUCAACGACUCAGGAGCCCAUAUUAGGACCGUAAAAAUGAAGGAGCUCACCACAGGCGUUCUUCACACCAAGUUCUGGGUUGUGGACAAGCAGCAUAUUUACAUUGGCAGUGCCAACAUGGACUGGAGGUCCCUCACACAGGUGAAGGAGCUGGGUGUGGUGGUCUACAACUGCAGCUGCCUGGCAGCAGACCUCAGUAAGAUCUUUGAAGCCUACUGGUUUCUGGGGGAGAGCAAGUCAAUCCCAUCACCUUGGCCAGAGAGGUUCUCCACCAUGUACAACAAGGAUACACCCCUCCAGCUGCCUCUUAACAACACGCCAUCCAACGUCUAUCUGUCGAGUUCCCCUCCGUCCUUAUGUGCGGCCGGCAGGACUCCAGACCUUCAGUCCAUCCUCAGUGUGAUGGAGGAUGCUGAGAGCUUUGUCUACAUCGCUGUCAUGAACUACCUGCCCACCAUGGAGUUUUCACAUCCUAAAAGGUACUGGGCGGACAUCGACACGCAGCUGAGACGAGUUGCAUAUGAGAAGCGGAUUAAAGUGCGACUGCUGAUCAGCUGCUGGAACAGCACACAGCCAGUCAUGUUUUCUUUCCUGAAGUCUCUGGCCUCGGUUUAUAACCCCAAGAAUAACCUCGACAUCCAGGUGAGGCUCUUCGUGGUGCCUGCCACCCCCAAGCAGAAGGAGAUUCCCUUUGCAAGAGUUAACCACAAUAAGUACAUGGUGACAGACAAGAUAGCAUACAUAGGUACAUCCAACUGGUCAGGAGACUACUUUGUGAACACGGCUGGCUCAGCAUUAGUUGUCAACCAGACGGCGUCACAGUCUGUUGAGUCAACUGUCCAAUCACAGCUGAAGGCUGUCUUUGAGAGGGACUGGAACUCGGGCUACAGCACUCCUCUCACCCAGCACUCAAACCUCAAAGACUUCUGUUACUUUUAACAGCAUUACAGACACACAAAGUCAUUGUUUCGGACUUCGACACAGCGCACUUUGAUUUUAGUAGUGAAGUGCGAAACGUAUGAAAAUUGAUCAGCUGUAAUGUGGAAACCCCUGAGCUUAAAAUCAGCAACAGGCAACCUAUUAGCAGAGUGUUUGCUAGACUGCUGAGGUUUAAUGCCGCACUCUUAUUUCAUCAGAAAAAAGAGAGAAUACAGACAGUUUUUUAAAGAGAGUCCAACAUAUGCUCUGUAUUUUAGGCCGGUUUUAAGUAACGUUGAAGCUGAUCUGUUAGCUCGAUUUUAUCCAAGCAUCUUUGUCUGCCUUAUGGUCUGUAAGUUUUCACACCAGCAUUCACAUGGAUACAAAAAACAUGAAACAGGCUAAUACUGGCUGGAUAUGUUAAGCUCAACUUUCAACUACAUUUGGCUGGUAUCACAGUGUUAUAAUAUACUGAUGUACUUACAAACCCCAAAAGUUUGAUUGCCAAAAAUAGCACCAAAAACAGUUGCUUUUCUUUAUUCUUAAACUGGUACAGAGAUGCCAAUUUGAGGCCAUUUUUUUGUGCACUACAGAAAUAUGCCAACAGAAGUUGGGAAUAUUCAGAUGAGCUCAGUGAGCUGUGAAAUAUGCCAACUGCAGGAAGUAUUUAGGAAUUUUUAGAGUUCAUUUACAUGCACAGCAUGGGCAAAGGUGUAUGCAGGAUUAGUUUGUAGAUAUUUGCAGAUGAAGACGUUAACACGUCUCGCAUUAUAUUUGUCAGUGUGAGCAGGACCUCCUGCAACAAUCUGUGGGUGAAGGUAGUGGUGUCCCUGAUCUUCUCAGCUGCUGAUUUCCUGAUAGAUUAAAUGUAAAUAUAUAUUUAGAUCAGUAAACACUCAGGGUGUGGUGAAGGUUUGCAGUCUUGUUUCCUUCUAGGUUACAGUCCACGUGUCUGUGCAGACACUGGUCAUGCAGUGAUGGGUCCAGUGGUUGUGUCUUUUUGUUCUGACGCAGCCUGCAUACAGAAGUGUUUUCUUUUCUUCAGUGCCUCAAAGACUGCAGCCUUGAGUAAUGAGGGGUAGCUGCAGUGAGUCUGUGUUAUAGAUUGAUAACAUAAAUAAUUCAUUCAGCAUAUUAGUAUUUCUUGAAGUGAGAGGAGUAAAGUUUGUUUAGUCAGCAAAUCACUCACAUCCAUAGCUGCAAAGGUUUGUAUGAUCAGCAGCUUUUUGUACUGUCAUAUAUUGUAUAUACCAGGAAACGUUAUGAUGGGAUAAAAACAUGCACACAAAUGCACACCAUAUCUACUGUUAAAGGUGUUCCAGCAGUAUCGGAGCAAAGGAGUCAGACAUGAAUGUUUAACUUUCAUCAUGUGGUUUCUAUCAUGUACUCCCAAUAGCUGUAGGGGGCGCUGUGUCAGCAUUGGCGUCAGGUCAGUGGCGAACGUCAUGUUUUCUGCUGUCUCCUGCAGUGACUCGUGUAAAGGGAUCAAUUCAGUGAAUCACAGCUUCAGCCUCGGUGGGAGUUUUCAUCUCAGGGAGUUUGAGUGCUUUUGUAAUUUUCUGGAAUUUAAAAUCAUUUAAAAAUCCUCUCUGGACUGCUUUGAAAUAAGCAAAUAAAAGCUAAAGUCUGCAGUGCAUCUAAGGGAAAUAAAAACUUCUUUCAUACCA